AAACGGCACAUUGUUUUCCAACUUCGUAUCAGUUCUGGACACGGUGUAUCCGAACGCGUUCCAGCAAGGUGACUGUGUCGAGGCUGGCGCGCCGGGGCUGGUUGCCAGCAAGAUAGGCACAGAGUCGAAGCUGCAACUGUGCGGCUGGAGCGGGCCGGCCUACGCAAUCGAUGGCGUGGACAAUGGCCUGCUCCGGCCGCCGCAGCCCCACGCCAGCCAGCUGGGUACGGUGUACGCGACGAAGCGGAGACGAAGAAAUGGCAAGAGCAUCAAACCGCCAUCCAAAGACGGAGUCACCAAGAGCAACCCGAGCAAGCGCCACCGGGAGCGCCUCAACGCGGAGCUGGACACCCUCGCAUCCCUGCUGCCCUUCGAGCAGAACAUCCUCAGCAAGCUGGACCGCCUUUCCAUACUGCGUCUGUCAGUUAGCUACCUGCGGACCAAGAGUUACUUCCAAGUUGUCAUGCACAAGGAGAAAGAGGAGCUGCACCCACACAGACGCGAUCACACACACUACGACCACGUUAUGCCUGACGGUGAAAUGUUCUUACAGGCACUCAAUGGCUUCCUUAUGAUCCUGACUUGUGAAGGAGAGGUGUUCUUCGCCACACACAGCAUCGAAAGUUACUUAGGAUUUCACCAGUCAGACAUAGUCCACCAAUCCGUCUACGAGCUAGUACAUUCUGAAGACAGAGAGGAGCUGCAGCGGCAACUGCUGUGGAACUCCUUCCUUCAGCCAGAGGUCAGCAACCUCACCUUACAAGAUGUGCUGCGGCCGGAGCGAGCUCAUCUGCUAGAAAGGAGCUUCACUGUACGCUUUAGAUGUCUGUUAGAUAAUACUUCUGGCUUCCUAAGGUUAGACAUCCGAGGCAGAAUAAAAGUAUUACACGGGCAGAACAAGAAAACCGAGGAGCCUCCAUUAGCGUUAUUUGCAAUCUGCGCGCCCUUCGGCCCUCCGAGUCUCUUGGAAAUCCCUCAGAAAGAAGUCAUGUUCAAAAGCAAACACAAACUCGACCUUUCUCUAGUCUCCAUGGACCAAAGAGGGAAAAUGCUUCUAGGAUACACAGACGCUGAGCUUGCAAAUAUGGGAGGCUAUGACUUAGUGCAUUACGAUGACCUAGCUUACGUAGCUAGUGCUCAUCAAGAAUUACUAAAGACUGGAGCGUCAGGAAUGAUAGCGUAUCGGUUUCAAACAAAAGACGGGCAGUGGCAGUGGCUGCAGACCUCCUCGCGACUCGUGUAUAAGAACUCCAAACCUGACUUUGUCAUCAGCACGCAUAGACCCUUGAUGGAGGAAGAAGGCAGGGAUCUCCUUGGCAAACGCACCAUGGACUUCAAAGUGAGCUACCUCGACACCGGCCUGACGAGCCUGUACUUCUCCGAAACGGAACAGCUGUCCGGCUGCGAGUCGACCGUCACCACGCCGCCGCGAGCCGCGCGCCGGUACAAGACCCAGCUGCGGGACUUCCUCUCCACGUGUCGGAACAAACGGCGCAUGCCCAGCACUCCGGCCCCUCCGCCGGUCGACUACCUAGCGGCGGACGCUGUGGCCGCCGCCUACACCAACCUGAACGGCGCGUACACCGCCCCAUAUGGAGAGUAUCCGCCCGCUCCAGCGCUGCACUACCCGCCACCUCCGUUAGACGACAGAUUCCUCGCAGCGGACAACCUCUUCCACCAAUACAAGCCGCUGUCGUACCACUACACGUACCCGCCGAACGGGUUCCUGGAGCCCGCGCCGCCGGGCUACGAGGUGGCGCCCGCGUACCGGCCGCCGUCGCGCGAGUACUACAUGGACGCGGGCCGGUACGCGGGCCCCGAGCGGCGCUCGCCGGGCGCAGGGGCGCCGGGCGGGGACGCGGGCGCGGGCGCGGGCGGGGGCGGGGGCGCGGCGGGCGCGGUGCAGGAGCGGCUGGAGCCCCGCCAGACGGUGCUCAUGUGGGGCGCGGGCGCCCAGGAAGCCCCCGCGGAGUUCUCGCCGCCGCAGGUGUGGCGCUACCCGGCUUACCACACCGCUGAGGCCACGCAGUAGCUUGCGACGGCUGACCUACGAUUUUGUUGCUGGAAUUGCAUUUUUAGCACUCAGUUUCAAUACGUUAUCAUAAUACUUGUACACGAGAAUGUAUCACCGUUUCUAACUCAUUAUUCAUACAUGUUAAACGGCCACUUUUUCUUUAUUGUAUUCCAUUUUGAUAUAAAAUAAUACCAUUUAUUAACAAAACCGUUUUAACCAAAAUUUGUUUUGUGUAACAACAACCUAUAAGUAACUUUUUCAAAUUGUCUAAUUAUGAAUGUUCUAUCAAAAACAAUAACAAGUUUAAUAAAACCAACUCUUAUUUUUAUAAUUUUAAUAACAAUCUUAUAUGUAAAAUACAUUUUUCAAAAAGCUACUACUAAUUUCUUUAGUCUGCAAUUAUAACACUUUCAAAAUUCGCUUUAUUCAAUCACUUUGAGACAAUUUCAGCAACAGAGUUGCAUCUCAAACAGGGUCCAUCCAUUGUAAAUACUAAAUGUAAUUAAUUAUAUUUGAUAUAAAUAAACGUAGUCGUCCGUUUGUCUCGCCACGCAAUGACACGAUUUAGUUAAUAUUAUGUAAAUAUUUUAUAUAAUUUUGUAUGCUUUAGCUUCUAGGAUAAUAGUGAUGUGUGUAUUAAAUAAAUAAGAGUAAUAGCUCAAAUAUAAAGUAUAGUUUUUGCGCUUAACGUAAUCGAACAUAUCAUAACAACGCAUGUACCGUCCCUAUAAAUACUUUAACAAUGACCAAAAACAGAUAUUUCCAUACAUAUUAAACUAUCCGCAUAAAAGACGGAUAAUUAUUUCAUAACACUUCAUCAUUUCAAAUAUCUUUAAGACACGCGAAAGGCAUGUUUACUCAAUUCUUCAUCAAACACCAAGCUACCAUAUCGAAUGCUAUUGUUAGCAUUUAUAGGGACACAAGCACCGCCUUGCCAACGCUGCAACAUUGUACAUACACGCGUGCCUUCACCAUUUUAUAUAAUUAUAAAUUAAUGAAUAAUGAACAAUUGCAUUGCUACAGUGAGCUGUCUGUGUGUUGGCACGGCGCGGCCGGGUCUCUUCCAUCUUGACAACGUUAAAUAAGUGUAGUUUAAUUUAUUGAUAUUAUAUUACGAGGACAUGAAUUUUAAAAGGCUAUAUGUAUUCUGUAAUUUAUUUAUUUUAGUACAAUUUACUAUAACACUGAUUUCUGCUCAGUGAAGAAAAUUUUAUCAAACAACUAUACCCUACAGAUGUCUUAUUUACGCAUUUAAUCGAUCUACUUACUACUAACUUGUCUAAAAAUUUAAUCAGGAAAUAUCAUAUUAAUGACAAGAUCUUUUUUUUAUAUAUUGAAAAUAAUAUUAAAUCAUUUGUUUGUUUCUCCUCACAAUUCAUAAUAACAUGACAGUACACAUACAUAAAGAAAUAAGCAUUUAUAAGGAGAAAUUAUUAAAAGAAAUUACUUUCGAGUGCAAAUCAGGAAUAACAACCAAUAUUCUACAUACAAGAAUCAUAUAAAAUUCCUCGUCUUUCGUGAUAUAAUAAUCGAAUGGUCUUCUAAUUGUAUAU